GAGGCGCCUCAGGCGGCGCUGCCCCAUCCCCCGCCGGCCCGGGCGGCAGGGAGCAGCGGCCCUGCCGCGGCCCUUACGGACGCGCAGCACGUCUCAAGAUGGCAGAAUUAUUUAUGGAAUGUGAAGAAGAGGAGCUAGAACCCUGGCAACAAAGAGUGAGAGAAGUGGAAGAGGAUGAUGAGGACGACGAUGAUGAUGAGCCAAUCUUUGUUGGGGAAAUCUCCAGCUCAAAGCCAGCUACUACAUAUAUAUUGAACAGAGUCAACCUCAGCUCAUCACGAAGGGGGAUACAGAAUGGUGCACCCAGUAGAGGUACGGUCACUACAUUCAAGUCUGAGAGUCAACAUUACGCAACGCCUGCCUCCAGCCCUGGUGCUAUACCUGCUCCAUCAGUCUUUCAGACUGUGCCCCGGCCUGUGACCAGCUCUGUGGCAGUUCAACCCUUGGCUGUAGCAGUGAAUGUUACAGGAACUUCACAAACACUGCAGAGACCAGUUGCUGGAUGUUUGUCAACACAGCAGAUACCUGGGUCAAAUUCUGGAAUAACUCAGCCUGUUAGCAGAACUGUAACAACACAGCCAAUAUCAAGAAAUAUCACAAUUCCUGUAGUGGCCCAACCUGUAUCCAGGACAGAGAGUAAUGCAACAGCACAGCCUGUAAUACUUAAUCAGGAUUAUAUUAUGGAUUCUCCACCAGCUGCACCAGAUAAUACAUCUGGUAUACUGUUUGGUGUGAGACAGAACUCGGGAGUUCCACAGUACCAGACUGGGCCAGCAGUGAAUGUAACAGGGACAAAUGCUGUGUCGAUUAAAAAUGGAGGACCUUUUCCACGGGCUUGUCCAAAGUGUAAUAUACAUUUCAACCUUAUGGAUCCUCUAAAAAAUCAUAUGAAGUAUUGUUGUCCAGAUAUGGUAAAUAACUUUUUCCCAGGGGUGGUCAAAACAGAGUGUUUGAGCACAACAGGCAAGACCAUUGAAUCUGAGAAAGGAAAACUGAUUAUGUUAGUCAAUGACUUUUAUUAUGGGAAGGAUGAAGGUGACCUCCAGCAGGUACAACAGGAGCAGAAGACUCAUACGACAUUUAAAUGCAUCAGUUGUCUGAAAGUUCUUAAAAAUAACAUAAGGUUUAUGAACCACAUGAAGCAUCACUUGGAACUUGAGAAGCAAAGCAAUGAAAGUUGGGAAAGCCACACCACCUGCCAGCACUGUUACCGACAGUUCCCCACGCCGUUCCAGCUGCAGUGCCACAUUGAGAGUACACACACGCCUUACGAGUCAUCCACUAUUUGUAAAAUCUGUGAAUUAUCAUUUGAUACAGAGCAAGUUCUCUUGCAACAUAUGAAGGACAAUCAUAAGCCAGGUGAAAUGCCGUAUGUCUGCCAGGUGUGCAACUACAGAUCCUCGGCAUUUUCAGAUGUAGAAACACAUUUUAGAACAGUUCAUGAAAACACAAAACAUUUGCUGUGCCCGUUUUGCCUCAAAGUUAUUAAAAUUGGAGCGCCAUAUAUGCAUCAUUACCUGAGGCAUCAGAAAAAGGGAAUAUACCGUUGCACUAAAUGCAGACUACAGUUUUUAACAUGCAAAGAAAAAAUGGAUCACAAGACUCAGCAUCACCGAACAUUUAGGAAACCCAAGCAAUUAGAAGGCUUGCCUCCUGGAACCAAGGUGACUAUUCGAGCAUCUUUGGGAUCUCAUCAGUCAGGAUCAGCAGCUACAUCUUCUGUUAGUACAAGUAGCUCCACAUUUCAGUUAUCACCUAAAGCUAAAAAUGCAACCACUAAAAAUCAUAAUAAAUCUAAUACAAGUAAGUCAAGAGGAAAAUCAAAACAAUCUACAUCAAGGAAACAAAAUGCAUGGACGAACAGCAGAAAAAAAAAAGAACCUACAACUAUAGCAUUUCCUAGUCUAAGGCAUCGUGUAGGAACUCACAAAUGCAUUGAAUGUUUCUCAGAAAUAAAAGAUUUUGCGAGUCACUUUCCUGCUUACGUCCACUGUAGUUUAUGCAGAUACAGCACUAGCUGUAGCAAAGCCUAUGUGAAUCACAUGAUGAGUUUUCACAGUGCUCGUCCAAGUAAAAGAUUUUGGAUCUUUAAGAAGCAUUCAGAAAAGCUACGAGGCAUGACUGUAGUGUGUCUUAACUGUGAUUUCCUGGCUGAUGUUUCUGGCUUGGAUAACAUGGCCGCACAUCUGAGUGAGAACCAGACUCAUUCUUGUCAAGUUAUUGUAGAGAAAGAUAAUGCAACUGCUGCACAAGUGUCUCAAAAAUUUCAAGACGGUAGUUUAUCUGAAGGGAAAGCAGAAACACCAACUUUUGAAAGCAAACAAGAGCAUGACUCUUCAGAUGAAACAAAAGAAUGCAGUCAAAAUCAAACUGAAAAAGUUGCAUCGGUUGAAAAGAGUGAAGACUCAUCGCUGUCAAAUACAGAAAAUGUUCCGAGUUUGGAACUCCCUGGCAACAGCUCAAAGAAUUCUUUGCAUGAGAAAAGAGCAUCCUGUGAUUCAGCUAAUAACAAACAGUUAGAAGAUGAGAAACAAAAAUGUAUUCAUGAUGAAAACGAGGUGAAAAUGUGCCAAAGUUCAGAUGAUGCUGUCCUGAAUGAGCAGACUCAAGCGCGUCCCUUGGAUGAAACUGCGCUUUCAGCAAAGAACGUGAGGGACUUAAAGCUGACCUUGGGUGAAGAUGUCAGCUUUGAGCAGUUCCUGAGGAAGAGGGAUGAACCUGAAUCCGUUAGUUCAGAUAUAAGUGAACAAGGUAGUAUUCAUUUGGAGCCCUUAACUCCAUCAGAAGUACUAGAGCAUGAAGCCACUGAAAUUCUCCAAAAAGGUAAUGUUGUACCUUCAUCAAAGAAAGCAGGACAGCUCGUGGAACAAACAGAUGAGACUUCUAGAGAAAGCAAUCCCAGCAAAAUGGAAACAACUCCAAACAAGACAGAUGAAAACGAAGCAAGCUGAAAUUGUGUUACUUUUAUUGUUUAUUUUAAACUGUGGUAAGGACACCUUGGACCUUUCCUCAUGUGUGUGCUCAUGGAUGCUAAAACUAAAAAUUUUUAAAGGGAGGAAAAGAGAAAGAGACGCCAAAGGGAAGUUUGCUCAUGGAGGUAGCAUGUAUGUGUAUGUAUGACUGAUUUCAAUAAGCUUCAAAAAGGUAUGUUAAAUAUAUCUUCCUGUCUCUUGGAUGUGAUAUAUUAUUAGAUUGAUACUUGAGAAGAGGUAUAAAUUCUAAUUUUUUUAUAGUUAACUAGCCCAGGAUAAGGUGACUUGUUCACCCAGAAAGUAUUUUUCUAAGUUCUUUAGUGUGAAUACCAUUGAAUUGGGGAUUGAGUAGGAAUUCAUUUCUGAUGCUGAUGUGGAGCACACUUAAAAGGAAGGUUAUUGUUCUGCUGAUAGUUUUGGUAAAUAUAAACCUCGGGACUUGGUGUCACAUUCCUGUCUGUAAAAGCACGUAAACACAGGUAUAUUCAUUUGUGCACCUCUGUACAGGUGUAAUCCUGCCAGGCUGUAAACUUAUUCUAAUAAACUUUCAGUGAAAGUGAAAUUAUUACAAUAAAAAUUUAUAUUUGUGGGGUUUUCACUGUGCAGGCUGUGCAGAAAUACCGAACAUAACUGUAUACAGUAGGACUGAAAGUACUGUAGCUGUUGUUAGACUUUUACCAUUGGUUUAAUUAUUAUUAGCUGUAGACCCAUAGGAAUGGUCUGUAAGUCACACCAAAGUAUGGUUUAAUGUAAAAAUGAAUUUAAGCAAAAAUAAGGAAAACUCCAAACUGGAAACACCACCUGGCAUGCAUUCUGCCAUUUUGCAGCUGCUACUGGCUAACUUAAAGUAGGACACAAGGGCACAUAAAGUAGAAUUGUACAGUUUAAUUUCAGGACUUUUUUUAGUCUGUUAUGUACAGAAAGGUGGCUGCUGGUUUUGGUUUGGUUUUUUUGGUUUUGGGGGUUAUUUUUGUCUUCUAGUUAGCUAGAUUUAGGAAUGCAUAUGAUUAACUGUAGCUUGCUCUUUUGAUUUCAUUGCUCCAUUUGAAACAGUCAGAAUGUGCUUUUGACUUACAGUUUUGUUUUUAAUGAAUGUUAAAUGUUUUGAACAGCUGUUGAAGCACUGCUGUAAAUUAUUACUUUUUGAGUAAAUAUUUGCAACAAAAAUUUGUCUUUGUGUAUAAUUUUAUGCUCAGCUUGAAACUUUGGGCAUAACCUUUUCCCAUUUUAAAAAAAGAUUUAGUGACAGUUCCCAAAAUAUAAGUAACUCUAUUGAAUUCACAACUUAGUGUGAAUUUGAGACCUAUAUUACAUUGGAGAUUUUUGUUAGCUUUUGGUUAGUUAGUUUGUUUUAUUUUAGAAUGAAAUGAGCAAGUGCCUAUGCAUAAACAUUUUUUGUACCUGUGUUGUGAUAGGAUGUGCUAACCUUUCCAGACUACACAGAUACUUUUCUGGCCCAUCAACCUGCAGCACAAGUUUCCUCUGUCCUUUUUAAGUUCACCGACCUCAGCUGCAAGUGAGUCUAACAGUAUUAAAAUCUAGAGACCAUCCAGCUUACUAAUGGAACCUAAAUAAACCAAAUCUCAACACCAUCAAAAGUUCCUUCAAGCUCUAAGGACAUGUAUGAUUUAAAUUUUGGACUGCAUCUUCAUUGUCCUCCAUGCACAUUUAGAAGACUUUAAAAAAGAUGGAACAUACUCCCAGCUCUUUGAGAUCUGCCACUUGAAGAACUUCAAAUACCACAAUACAGGAAAAAGCUGAGAAGAAAAAGUUGCAUUAUUCUUUUGUUCUUUAAAGAUUUUAGUAAAAUCAUUAAAUAGUGGUUUGGUUAACCAGUCUGAUGUCUUCAUGCUUUUACACAUGGAAGGUUACUCAUUGCAAUGCUUUAUUUUAUGCAUUUUAAAGCAGUUAAACAACUACAAAACUGAAUGUGCGUAUUACCGAGGGAGUUCCUGAAAGCAUCUGUUUGAAACCCAGGGAAAUCUGUAGUAUUUUUAAUCUGGUGGAUGACCUUCCAUGCAAGUGAUAUAUUUUGAAUAAUGCUCUGAUAUGUGGUGUUAGAAAAGAUUAAGCUCAACUGGAACCAAUUGCCAUACUUGACAUUUCCUCAUGUAUGCCUUUUAUUAUGCAAUUAAAUUUUUAAAAUACUUUCCAUUUUAAUAAGAAUUUGAAAGUAUUUGGCCACAUAGUGUUGAGAAAAGGUGGAAAAAAGAACUCAAAAACCUGCAUAUUUGGUAGAAUUAUAUCCAUAUCUCAGGGUGCUUAUUAUGUAAAGCAUUUGUUUCAAACCAUAUUGACAAUGCUUAUGCAAAAAGUAAUGUUAGGUACAAACCACUCAAGUAUCUUUUGGUCCUUCUGAAAGAAGAGGUGAAGCAACUUGAUUGUUCUAGCAAGAGUAUCAGAUAGCUUUUCCAUAGGCAGGGAAGAUAUUUCAUGAAAACACUGGUAUGGUAUUUUUGUGAAGGAGGAAAACUAAAACUCAUUACUAUUUUUUCUAUAUGAAGUAAUAGAUUUGCUCAUUAAAAACUGCACAAGUACAAAGAUUCAUUUGUAUCAUGUUAUUUGGGAGGUUUCCCAAAGAAGAGAUAAGGUAAAUUGAUAGUUUUGGCAGAAGCUGCUCUGGAGGAUCAAGUUUCAUUAAUGCAUUUUCAGUUAAUUGAACAUAAGUGCAUAUGAUUCAAUUUGUUGUUUGUGUUGUUUAAAAGUUGGUUUUUCCAUCCAGCCAUCAGUAGUUCUUACACUGUGUCACCUCUCUUUUUGUCCUGGAGAAGACAUUUCACCUCUAGUUUUCAUUGCCUUACCAAAAACCAGUCACUUAAUUCUUGGGUCCAUAGUAGAAUCACCCUUUCCUCUCAUCUCAAGAGCUUGAAUAAUCACUGCAGCUUGUUUAUGUAAGUGCUUAUUUUUAAGGAAGUUGUGUUCCACAGUGUAUGCUGUCUACGUUAUUGACAUUUAAUAGAAAACUGCAGUCAUCAUGAUAAUGGACAUUGAGUCACUUGGAUCUUCCUCAAGUGCAACCAGUGUCUGUUUGCCUUGUGCAGCUUGGGAGAGAACCUUUGGUUGAUCUGUGGUUCAGGUGCCUCUAAAUGGAAUGGCUGAGAAAAUACACCAAAAAAAUCCACAAUUGUAGCACAUACUGAAUUCUAAAUAUUGGGUGAUGUAUUUUAAAGAACAAAGCUUUUAUAACAAAAUUUUGUCUGCUUUUCUUUUACUUGGGCAGAGAGAGAAGAACCUUGGCAGUACAUGUUAAAAUCUCAUCUCUGUCGCGCUAUUUCUAGAAAGAAUCAGAAACUGAAGGUCAGGGUAAAGAAUCUUGACUAAUGCUUGUAUUCUACAACACCUUAAAUAAAAGAUCUUUAAGCUUUUCUGUAGGCAUUAAGCAUUGUUAUUUAUAUGCUGGCAUGCAGAAAGCAGUCUUUUUUUUUUUUAUGCUGUCAGAUACACAAAUAUGCCACUAAAGACUGUGACUAUAGACUGUCACAGCGGAAUUUUGUUACAGACCACUUAGAAUUUUUUGUGGAGGGCAAAUUUAUGUCUAAUUCUUUGUUUUCAUUAGUGUUGGUUUUUGCAGCUUGUGAACUUACUUUGUCUACUUGCCUUCUGUAUAUUUUGGUGUAUGCUUCAUAUGCCAUUAAUAAAAGAAAAAGUAUGUUUUA